CAAACUCUUUUCUCUCUAUCUUUUCUCUUCCAACUCAAUCUUUUUUCCUUUACAUGUGGAUCUGUACUUGGUUCUUUUCCUUAGGUUUUUUUUUUUUUUUUUUUUUUUUUCAAUCAAAUAUAUGUAAUUUCAUGUCACUUCUGAAAUAUCUUUCUGGGUUUUUCUUUUCUUCUCUUGUUUUUUCUUUUCUGGGGUGGUAAUUUUCGUUUCUGAGAUUCUUGGUUGUGGGUUUUCUCUCAAAUGUGUAAAGUUUUCUUCUUUCUUUGUUUUGGGGGGGUAAUGAAGCGUGUUGAGUGUUGAAUUCAGGUUGGGAUUAUGUGUCUGGAGUAGAUGUGGUGUGAUUGCAGAUCCUGUUGUUAUGUUUCGAGCUUGUUGAUCUUUUAAUUCAGCCGAAAAAACAGAAAACGGGGCUACUUUGAAGGGUUAUUGAAUUUCUAUAUUCCAUUUCCAUUGUUUUUCUUUACCUCAAUUUCUUAGUUUCAAAGAUCGAUGUUAAUGAAUUUUGGCUCGGUAUCGUUUGGCUUGGAAACCUUUUCGUUCAGGCAUAUUAAGAGCCAUGAGUAGCAUGACAAGUGGGGGUGAUACUCGGAAAAUAUCCAAAGGUCGCCAGUCAUCAUCAUUAGUUGAAGAAGAUGGUGAUGGAGAAAACGUGGGAGAAGGUCCUCUAAAGAAAGGCCCAUGGACUUCAGCAGAGGAUGCAAUUUUGAUAGAAUAUGUCAAAAAGCACGGACAAGGCAAUUGGAAUGCAGUCCAAAAGUAUUCAGGACUUGCUCGUUGUGGGAAAAGCUGCCGUCUACGGUGGGCAAACCAUUUAAGACCAGAUCUGAAAAAAGGAGCAUUUACUGCAGAGGAAGAGAGCCGAAUCAUUGAGCUCCAUUCUAAGAUGGGAAACAAAUGGGCUCGAAUGGCUGCAGAGUUGCCUGGACGAACCGAUAAUGAGAUCAAGAACUACUGGAACACAAGAAUCAAAAGAAUGCAACGAGCUGGCUUACCAAUCUACCCUGAUGAAGUGUACCAACGGAUACACAAUGCCAAUCAAGAAAGUCAAAAUGUUGGCACCUUGACAAAUGAAGCGUCCCAGCAUGAUGAUCUCUCGCAAACUGACAAUUUUGAUAUACAAGAUGGGGAAUUCAAAAAUUUCAAAUUCUGUCCUGGUCUAUCACAUGGACCAUCAAUUUUUGAUAUGCCUCAAAGCAGCUUGUUUGAACAAAGUUCGGACACAUCCCAUACUUAUAACAUCUUGUUCCCAACUAUGCAUCCCUCGAAACGCCGCCGGGAGUCAGAAAUUUUAUACAAUAGUUUUGACAGCUGUACAAGUAAUGCUGUCCCAGUACUUGACCCUUAUGGCAAUUAUAAUUGUGAGAGAUUUUCUGACCAUAAUAGGUUGUGUCUUCCAUGUGAUCCUUUUCUUAACACCAGUGAUCAGUUUCAUGGUGAUAACCUUACUGGCAGCCAUGCCGCAUUAAAUGGCAAUGCCUCUUCUUCUGGGCCCAUAUUUGGGUCCAUGAAGUUGGAGCUCCCUUCACUCCAAUAUCCUGAAACUCAACAUGGUAGCUGGGGGAUGUAUACACCUACGUCCCCGCUUCCUUCACUUGAGUCUGUUGAUACACUAAUUCAGUCUCCUCUAGUUGAGCCUAUUCUGUCAGAUCCUGUUUCUCCACAAAGCUGUGGUUUGCUAGAAGCAAUAGUCUACAACUCAAAUACCUUGAAAGGCUCACGGAAUGAUUCGUUAUUGCCAGAGACAACUGAUACGCCCUACCAAGCAAUCAACAAUUCAAUCUUGAAUCUUCCCUUUAAGACAGAAUGGGAUGAACAAGAGGAGCCAAAUUCCUCCUUAGGCCAAUCUGCUGCUUCCGUUCUGACUGACUAUACUCCAGUAAGCAUAAGCUCAGUGGAUGGCCCUCAAUCAGUCGAAACCACCCAGGAUCAUGAUGAUAAGCAUGGAGCACUCAACCAGUUCCCAGAUAGUUCUGGGAAGAAAGAAAAUUUGAAUCAGAUAGAGUUUACGCGGCCCGAUGCUUUACUUGACUUAGGUUGGUUUGGAAAUAACACCGAGUAUGGUAGUGAUCAAUCUGUUCUAAAAGAUGCUUUAAGUGCACUUCUUGGUGAAGAUUUCCAGGGUGAGCAGUAGCUAGUGGGUGGAUAUGGAUAUAUUGCUUUGGCCUUAGUGUAGUGCUUGUUCAUGACAUAACUUCAUUUUACUUUUUGUCAACUUUCUUAACAGUAUUAGGUCAUUUUUUUUUUUAAUUUCUCAGCAACUUUUAGAAGCUUCAGUUGUGAUGUUCAGAGAUUUUAUAGCACAUAUUUCAUUUUUAUCAAUGUUUUGAAGGUGGUGUGGUAUGAAUU